AUGAAGACAGCCACUCUCGCAGCCCUCGCCAGCGGAGCAGCCGCCCAAUGGUGGGGAGGAGCUCCCGACUGUGCCCAAUCCUGUCUGUCCUCAAAGUGGGCGUCCUCGACGCCAACGUCGGCCUGGCCUGAGCCGACGUCCUACUGCGACGGCGACGACACCAACUCGGUGGGCUCGUGCCUGUCCAGCGCGUGCUCCGCCACGCCGACAGCCUGGUCCUCGUACUCGUCCGCAUCGUCCAGCAUCUGCGCCGCCUGGUCGUCGUGCUCAUCCGUCGGCUCGACGGGCGUGUACACCGUCUCCUGGCCAGCCGCCUCGGGGGGCUGGGGCCCCGGCGGCGGCAGCAGCGACGGCUGGAGCAGCUCCGGCCGCAGCGGAUUCGGAGGAGGGAACGGUGGCCGCGGCGGCGGCGGUGGUGGCUGGGGCGGCUGGACCUCCAGCUACACGGCCAGCCAGGUGACAGUGACCGGCUGCCCAUGGGACGGGAGCCCGUGGAUCGGCCCCGGCGGCGACGGCGACAACGCGGGCUGGGGAGGCUGGGGUGCCUGGGGCCACGGCUGGACCUGGAGCACGCACAGCACCACCGUCACGGAGACUGUGACGGGCUCGAACGGGAACGUCGUCGUCUCUACCGGCCUUGCGCAGGUCGCCGAGGCUGUCAGCGGUGACGUUACGAGCACCACCACCCUGACCGGGAGCGAUGCCACCGCUACCGCCACCGCGUCGUCCUCCAGCUCAACCUCCUCUGGGUCGACCUCGAACGCUGUGGCCGGUGCCAAGGUGGACCGGGGCGUGAUUGCUGCCGGUGCCGUCUUGGGCGGCCUGGUUGGUGUGAUGGCUGUGUUGUAA